UAUUUUAUUUUUCUCAGUACACAAAUUUUCAUCACCAAAAUACGGUACACAGUGUCGUCUAAUGUCCAUAUACACUUGAAGAUACCAUACGAAUUUCAUAGGUGAAUAAAAAUACGACAAAGUAUUUGAUUGAAGUAAAAAAGAAAAAAAACCUACGAUUGCAAAGUACACGAUAUUAUAGGGAUAAAAGAUUCUAGGGAUUUUCUUCUCCCGAAAUUAUUUCUCUAUUCGAAAUACGCCUAAAGUGGAACAGUCGCUCACGCAACUUGUGUAGGUUACGAGUAACGUGAGGAAUUUGGAAAGGAUCACUAUCAAGAGUUAAGGAUGCCUUGUACAGUAAAGGAUUGGCAGUGGCUGGAAGAUGAGACGUAGGACGGUGUGUUUGGGUGCGUGGAGUUCGCGUCAUCGAUGACGGGUUUAACAAUGACGAAUUCGGGGUCCUCGCAACCCCAAAAGGACUCCACACCCUUGCCAGCACAGUCGUCGGGUUAUUAUCAUCUGCAGAAUCGUCAUCUUCAACAGACCCAAGAGAAGAUGACAUCCACCUCUUCACCUGGACAACCGAUACAGCUUACCCCUCUUUGGGAGCACGUGGUGCGCACAAAACGAUUCCCAACAGAUGUGGAUACGCGUUCUACUUUUAUUGAAAUAUCUGAGAGAUUGCGUGAUCCUGAAUGGGAAGUCAGACAACAUGCUCUACGUGUUCUUGUCGAUGUUCUGCCGACCCUCGACAUGAACAUCAUCGACGAGGUUAUGCGACCCGUCGUACCGGAACUGGUCAGCAAUCUUGGUCAUCCAGCACCAGCGGUCAGGAAAGGAGCUUUGGAUACCCUUAGAGUCUAUCUAUUCUACAGUCAAGAUCAGGAUAAUAUGGUUAAGAUAAUUUUGAAUGAAGGACUGAACCGUCCUGAUGCUCUGGAUAAUUUCCAGACUAAUGUCACUAUGGGUAUUAUCUUGAGCGUUCCUUCCUUGCUGUUUCCGUCAGCCAGCAGUCCUCGUCCCUCGACUCGGGUUCUCAAGGAAACCACUGCAGCCUUGGCAGCUCGUCUUGUGCAGGUAACUCACCAGGAGGCAGCACUGAGGUCGUUGGUCAAGAUACGCGAAGCCAUAGGAGCUGAGGAACUUGAUUCGUAUCUUCUGGAAUACAAUCCGAAAGUCAAGAGGGAUUUUUAUGUUCUCUGUGAGGUUUAUGAUAUGAAAGUAACUCCCAAGCUGAUUGGGAAUGGGGAAAUCAAAGGAAGUAGUGGAGAGAAGGAUGUUGUACCCUUGGAUCAAGCCUGGGGUAGCGAUAGUGACUCUUCCGGUAUUGCUGAAGAGGAUCCUGAUGUCGUAAUUGGCGCCAUGCCACCUGCGCGAGUUCUUCUUGAAACGGAAAUAAAAUUUAACGAGGAAACGGCUAUCACGAUGACUAUCCUUGAGGAGAAGAACGAUGAAAGUGAUCAUGGUGAGGAUCCGGACGAUGAGAGCGAAUCUGAUGAUGAGAAUGACCUGGAGGUUGUGCAGGUACUUCAGGAUAUACCUCCAGACAGACGGAAAACUCCUAGACGCGUUCACUUCGGUGGAGAAAUUGUUAAACUCAGAACACCGGACAGUGAUGACUCUGGGUUAGCUAAAUCAGACAUGCCUCUUACGAAAAUUCCACUUCCUGUCUCGCCAGCGACUAAGAUGCCACUCCAUCGACGUAGAUCCUUGUCGCAGCCGUCCAGUCCUAACCCGAGGAAGCAUCAUCCUAGAAGAGUAUCUCGAUCUCAGUCCAGUAGUCCUAGACGUGAGAUUUAUACCCACAAUGCUGAUCUGAGUCCGAAGAAAAGUAUCCUGUCUAGAACCAGCAGUCCAAUUUUUAUUAUUCAACCGGUCAAGACUCGGAGGAAGAGAAGAUCUACUAAAGUACCUUCCGGUAAAUUUGACGGUAACGAAGAAAAUGAAAAAACUGAAUUGGAAAGCAUCACCACCAGUAAUGAUACUUCAGUUUCUAACGAUCCAUCAAAAUCUAUUAGAAGCGAUCAAAAAUCUUUUGAAGUCUAUCCAAAUACCAUCAUUGAGGAAACAAACAUAGAGGAGAACAGAUUAUUAAAAGCUGCCAUAGAUCACCAAACACCAACUGAAAAUUCAUCCAAAAAAAGUAGUGAAAAAUACAUAAUAGAGCAUUCUUUGGAAACCUCUAAGGAAAUGCGAAACAGUGUAGCAGAAUCUGACUUUAUGAAAGAUUCCGGGAUCAUCAAUUCUAAAAAAACGGAUGAAAGUAUCGACACCAAGGAUUCUCAAAAGCGUUCCCCGCGACCGUCUAGUAGAGGUACCUUCGAGACAUUUCCAAGACAAGAGCGUAAUUAUAUCCUAAUGGAAUUAUCGAGCCCUGUAAGAAAAAAGGCUCAAGACACUAAAAGCGAUUCAAUGGAAAACAGCACCUCGGGGAAUUUAACAAAAACAGAUACUAUAUCGGUAUUCGACCCUGAAGAGACAAGGUCGAAGAAUUCUUCGUCCAUCGAACCAGUCGACGUCAUUAAUUCAAAAUUAAAACCUUCAAUCGGACAAAAGGAGGAGAAAAACACAAUGGAGACAGGGACGGCAGACCAGUCGACUAGUCGACUAAUCGAUAGCUUUUCAAUAGCAGUCAAUGAACCCGACGAAUCGAAUUCGACGCUCAAUGAUACCGGGAAAGUCUUUGAAAUAACGACGGCAAAGACGACGCAGAAUGAGCUUUCACAACGCGAUCAAUUUCCGGUUAUAUGUACUGAGCCUCCUGCUAUUCCUGUGGAAGCUACAAGAAACAACGACGCAGUCGAGAAUCAGUCUGAAAAUCGUGUGGCAAUUGCGACAGCUGCUCGCAAGGCUCGCGACAAAUCAGGCCUGGAAGAUUAUAGUCAAGAAAGCUCCAGGGAGCUUGAUAAAAACACUGAUGAAAGUACGAUAACCGUCGAGGGUAGCGAAAGCGUGACCUGCAGUAGCAGCGAGGGUGAAGGAAAAGUUGAGGAACUUAACUGGGAAGAAUUGAGUCUGGUUAGUCAAGAGAUUCUCAACGAUUUGCAUAACAAGGAUGAUUGGAGAGCAAGGGUCCGUGGGUUGGAACGUAUUGCGUCUGCUUUGCGAACGUCUUCGGCUUUGGUUGCGAUCGAAUCCCGCCUUGGUUCCCUCCUGCAUUCAGUCCUGGGUGGGGAAAGAAGCUGCCGGGUCGCCGCGGCGGGUCUGGCAGUCGCAAGGGUCGUGGUGGCAGGGGUUGCUGAAGAGGCUCUCAAACGUCGAUUACCGCAGCUUGCUUGGGGUCUUGCGAGGCAAGGUGGGCCCAAUGCCGCGCAACUUGCCAGGAUCGCGAUGCUCAGGCUCAGACCAGCCCUUCUCUUAGAACAGUUCCUUCAGCCUCACUGUAUCGGCGCCAGAAACGCCAAGACCAGAGAAAAUGCUUUGCAGCUCCUGAUCUUCUCAUUAGUGACAUUUCCCAGCACAGAAUUCAAAGUGGAAAUGGUGGCGAACAAGGUGGCCGCCAUGGUUGCCGAUCGUCGCAGAAGAGUAAGACAAGCUGCGCUUGACACUUUGGCUGUUCUAGCACAAAUUUAUGAGCCUGAGGAAGUUCUGCAUGCUGGUGAACGUGCUGCCAAAGGUCGACGAGAUGCCGAAGAAAUGAUGGCAGCGAUCAGAGCACGUCUUGCCCGGAAGUCGUUACCCUUAGUUUCAGCGGAUGGUCUGGUAGUUUAUGGACUGCAAAUUUCCCCCACUGUUCAAAUAGCAACUGGAGCGGAUGUCGAUUGGAUAGUUGCCGGAAGUGGUUCAGUAUCGCCGGGUUCAGGUCGUACCAGAGGCCAAAUAAUAGCCACCUCAACAAGAUUAGAUAAUGGAAAAUCAUCACGAAUUGAUUCGGCAAAAAAUACUAGAAAUCCAUGGACGGAUCGACCGAACCUCGUUGCUGUUGGCGUUGGUCUCCAUUCCCGAAAUCAACACCCGGUCGCCUGGCAACUUGUUCCAUUUAACAAUCGGGAUGAUCAGCAUCCCAGAGAUCAAAGAUGGAACUCUGAUGAUUCUAACGUAGACGUGGGAAUUUCUAACGAAAAAGGAACAAGUCAGAAGUUAAGAUUGGAGGAAAAAUUUCGAAGAUUUUAUCCAGCGUCGAAGAGAAUUCAGGAUUGUAUUGAAAGCGAAUCCUCGACUUCCGGUGACACUCCCAAUGAAGAUCUUCACGGAAGUCAACAGCUGGAUGAUCAGAUUCAAAUUACUAACUCUUCAACGCGGGAAAGAGUCAAUAGCAGAACUCGACUAGGUAGUCCACCACCUCAGGAAGGAGCAACGAAUAAAGUAGAAUCCAAAAUACCAAUAUUAUAUUCUCGCGAACGAGGAUUCAACACGAAGGAAUCAUUUGCCGGAAGUACGCAAGUGCGGCGCAACGUCAAUCUCGAGAUAAACGGAAAUGACAAAACCAGCGUGAGCGGCCUACCAAAAAGAAGAAUACAUGAAAGCACCGAGAGUCAUGAAAAUAAAAUGUACACGCGAGAUGAGAAUAUCAAUUACGGAAGCAUGUAUCAGAGAAGAAAACGUUUCAUAGAGGGAACUGCUUUUCAAGGAUUACCAUCAGCGGCUCACAUAAAUAAUUCCUCCGAUUCACAUUACGAAAGUCAAAUAAGUGGUAAAAAAUUCACUGGCUACAAUGGCAGAAAAAUAAUAACGGAAGAAGCGCAUAAGAUAUUCACGGAAAUUCCGACAACGCAAAGUUAUCAAACAUCACGAAGUUCAAACAGAUUUUCCCAAAGUCCAAACAGAAGAAGGAAACAGUACCGUUCCAAUUCCGAGGAACGCCGUUACGAUUCUGUUCCAAAAACUGCACCACAACAGACAUAUCAAACACCUUAUCAGCGACAAAGUGGGCCAAUGGAUACAAGCAUGAUUUCUAAAUUACAAACUGCGUCAUAUUCUUCAAAUCACUUUUCAUUUGGAUAUCAGGGAUCAGUGAAAAGAUCAAAUAACGACAUUACCAAUAACAAUACAUUACACAGAAAGGAUACGUAUUUCCAAAGCACAACAGACAAACAACACGCGGGAACUGACGUAAACACUGCCGACACCCGAAUACGUGUACUUCCAAAUAAUCUUGAAGGGAAGCUGCGAUCUCGUUCUCGUUCCGAGAUUCGUUAUCCCGAGAAAAUGGACAGGGUGAUGUCAUACGGCUUGCAAACAGCAUCAGUCCAAAAUUUAGACAAGGCCACCCCUGACGAAGCAGAGUACAAUGACAGGAACAGACGUCAAUUUACAUCUCAGAUGAGCGUUUAUCCUGUGGAGAAUUUAAAUGGCCAGGAUCUACAGUAUAAAGCCUUCGACAAUCCACGAUCAAACAGCGCCAGCAGCUCUACGUCGAUUGCGUCCAUUGGAUUGGGUCACAGGAAGGAUAGAUUAAAAAUAACCCAGGACCAACAACAUAGUACUACGAAGUACAGUACCAACAACAUCAACAGCAACAGUCGCUCGUCUUCGCGACAAAGUCAAAAUGAAGAAAAGGCUUUUGAUAUUGUUCCUCAACACUCUAGUCCUCGACGUAAUUCAGUAAAUUCUUACAUUAUCUCACAGUAUGAUAAAGGAUUAAUCAGUCCUGCUGAAUCCAGCGUUUUAGUCAUUGAAGACGGUGACAGUCAAGAGACUAGUACAGAAGAGGAAACAAAGUCUGGGGAUGAACUAGAAAAACAAUUGAAUUUCAAUAGUAGCAACAGUCGCGAUAAUGAUCAUAGUGAUGACAGUGAUGAUGACAAUUCUGAAAUAGAUCUAGUCGAGAGAGGCGAAACUGAAAAAUCAUCUCAUUUUAUCUCGUCGGAUGAUAGCGUAUGCAUAAAUCAUUCAUUGAAAUCAUCCGAUGAAUGUUUAUUAAUGGAUAACGCCAUGAGAGAGUUCAGCGAUGUUCGUUCCACCAAUUCGGAUGAAAAAAAUUCGAAAAAAUCAGAGUCGCCAUUUUCUGAUCGUUCGAUCAGCAAUAAAUCUUUUAAUUCUGAUAUGUCCAAGUCCCCUUCGGUACAAACUGUUUGCAUUGCUUCGCAGAAGUCAUUGGAUAUUUCGAAUGAAAAUGACAUCGAGGAACUUGAAAUCGAAGAGGAAGUAAUUCCUAGUCCCAUUUAUUCAAAAACAAAUGAAACUAUCUCCUUUCAGUCUCUGGAUACCAAACUCCUUGCUAGAGAGGCCAGUGCGCCGAAUUCACCUUCUAGACUUGAAACUUUUACAACUGAUUCAAGAGAAGCAAUCGAGUACGAAGAGUCUAGAAGCAAUAGGGAAUCUAAUAUUAUUUUACGUAAUUCAAAUAACAAUCAUAUGACUUCUCAACAAUCCAUUUCUCAAGAGACCUUAGAGGAUAUAGCGUCACCGAACAAUUCUAACACGUCCACUCCACAUUCUACGAAUCUUUCCCAUUCGAAUAAAAGUGCUGGUGGCGAAGUAGGAUCCAGUAUGGCAGAUAUGGGUAACGAGAGUCGUUCAUCGUCACCAAUGGAUCUUGUCGAACCGCCGAAGAAGAUGCCAUCGAGGCUCGUACGCAGUAGAAUAAAACCUCGAGUGAAUACAAUGAGAACAAUGCAAAAUUCAUCUGGACAAAAUCUCACGAAACAGAUAGAAAAGCCAAAAAUAUCUGUACAACAGUGCUUUGCGCAAUUAGAGCAUAAAGACUGGGAAGUUUCCAUGAAAGGCCUGAAGAUGCUCUCCCAAAUCGUUCGUUCUAAUCCUGAACAACUAGAGACAUACGGUCCAGGAACCAUAAGCAGAGUCUUAGGAAAGCAUAUAAGAAAUCUUCGUUCCCAAGUAUCUCGCGUAGCUUGUCAAGCUGCAGGAGACGUUUUCAGUGCCCAAAUUCGCGGAAUUGAUCAGGAAUUGGAUGACAUUGCAGGUCCAUUGUUACACAGAACAGCCGAUACGAAUAAAUUUCUACGGGCUGAUUGUAACGCUGCCCUAGAUAGCAUGAUUGAACAUCUUCCCCCUCACAGAACAAUAAGUGUCAUCGUUUAUCGUGGAGCUACACAUCAAAAUGCUAUUGUAAGAGCUGCAACGGCUAGAUUGUUAUCUACCGUAAUUGAUAAAAUUGGAGGAGAUCAUGUAAUGACUUUACCACGUGAAGUCCGCGAGAAGCUUUUAGGUACCGGCGCAAAAUUAUUGAUCGAUGGUAAUCUGGAUGCUAGGAAUUAUGCUAAGAAGAUGUUCAGAUCAUUGAUGCGGUGCGACGGCUUCCGGAAGGCACUCACGGAUUCCGUACCAGAGAAUACAUUACGGCAUAUCGAUAAGACAUUGAAAUCACUUUAAUUAUAAACGCGCUUUGAUAUUUACCCUGACAGAAUUCGAUGUUUUCGACGACUCUCGUUGUCUGAUGCUCGUUGUUUGCUCUGAAUGUGAGAAGAAUAUUUUUCAUGGGAAUAUAAAGUCAACACACGUGCAAGUGAUAUGAUUGAUGUGCAAAAGAAGCGUCUGAUAUGUGGUACGAAUGAGAAUGAUUAUUUCAUUUGGAUAUGUGUGAUGCCUUUUUUUAAAUUAGUAAAUAAAAGCAAUUCAGGGCUGUGCUUUUGAAAUGAGGAAUAUUGAGUAAAAUAGGAUUUGUCGUACGCAGAAUUUUGCACGUCGAUCGGUACCGUUACUCUCGUAUGACAUAUUUAAAAGCAAUUCAUUCUGUAAACUAGAAACUGAUAAUCGACCUAUUAUUGAUUUGAUACGUUUUGAUACCUGGGAUUUUUAUUCUGUACAUUUUUUUAUACUGUAAUUAUAAUAUCGAUAUAUUGUCAUUAUGUGUUUGACUGAUGACAGUGGCCUUCGUAUUGAAAUGAAUUACGUAUAAGAAUUAAAGUUAAUAUUCUGAAAUAUUAUAAUAUUCAACUGUUUUUUUUUUGUUUGAAAUAGAUCUGUAGUAAUAUAUAUAGAGUUAUUCAGUAGAAACGCACCACCCGAAUAUAGUUCUACCAUGGGAAUCAAAUGGAGGGGCUAACUUCAGGUGGUGCGUUUGUGAAUAAUGAAUAACCGUGUAUACGUUUUUUUUUUUGGUAAAAAUAUUAUUAUGGAAGAAAAAAACAAAAUGUCUUGUUACUUCACCAACUCUACGAAAGUGAGUUGCAGGAAGUAGAAUUAAAUCCUGAAGCAGUACAAGGAAAGGAAUGCAUUGCUCAUGGCAAUGAUUCUGUUUCUCAUUGAUGAAACAAACAUGAACGAUCUGAGCUCAAUGAAGAAAGUCAUUCAGUAAUAAAUAUACGACAUCGUAAAGGCAUCUCUUCGGAAGAACAGGAUCUUUUGUUUAGAGGCGUUGAUUGAGAAUUGCUCAGAAAAAGUAUUUAUAAUAAUCCGGUCCAACGUAUGUGUAAAUCGUUAAUUUACUCAGCUACGAGUUUCUUAAAUCUGUACCUCGAUAUAUAGUUUAUUGAUAAUGAAUAAUUUAUAUUUAUACGCAUACGAACUUAUAUAGUUGUUUAUAAAGCAUACAUAAGUAUAUUAUUGAUAAAUAUAAUUAAUGUUGUUGUA